CCCUCUGAGAACUCGCAGUUCUGUGAGCGCUGGGAUGGGGGCCCGGGCCUCCGGGGUUAGCGCGGCCCAGGAGAGAAGCAGACCCGGGGAGCGGGUGGGAGUCCGGAGUCCGGCGUGUGGGAAGCGGUCGGCGGGGCGCCGCUGACGCAUGCGUAUAGGGGAGCCCAAGCCAGCGCGGCGCGGCCGCCAUUGCUGGGAGGCUUUCGUCAGAGUCCGCCUGGCCCCGGCGGCUGGUCCAGCCUCAGGGGCCCAGUCACUGGGCGUCAUUGGCUCAGACAUCGGGCCCUCGUCACCCUCUCCCGCCUCGGUCGGGACAGGCGGCGGCGGCUGCAGCGGCGGCGGCGCGUAAGGGGGCGGAGCCGCCCGCGGCGCCCUUUGUCCGUGGAGGCGGGUGCUCAACCUGAAACUGUAUCUUACAAGAUCCCUGCCAGGAGACAGAUUUGAAUAUCAUAGUGAAGUCUGUACCCGAAGGAUUGAUGCCUUUAGGGGGAAAAAACAGCGCAAUAGCCAUCUUCAGGAGCCUCUGCAUCUCAACUCUACAUGAACAAGGCAAGAUUCUGAGGGUGGCUGCCCCUGGGAAGCAGAAAUCAUUCUUGUGGAUAUCCAUUGGCUCCUGACACUCUAAUGAGAUGAAGCGCCUGUAAUACCUGGGAGCGACUGUUUCCCAUAAGGCACUGGAAAAUCAGCCUUCAAGGACUGACAAUAUGGAAGCUGUUAGUACUGGUCUGUCUCCUGACUGUCAUGCUGGAAGAGAACAAGGCUUUGGUGACACAACAGCUUAAGAACCGCAAAGAGGUGUAGUCAUCCUGGUGGAGGGCUGAAUCCAGGUACUCAAAAAGGAAGUGAUGCCUUCUCAGAAUGCUCUGCUUCCCCAAGAAGGAAACAUGGAGGAGAAGGAAAUGAUUGUUGGGUCACAGAUAGUCAGUUCUCAGGAAUCACUGACAUUCCAGGAUGUGGCUGUGAAUUUCACCAGAGAGGAGUGGGACCAGCUGUACCCUGCUCAGAAGAACCUCUACCGAGACGUGAUGCUGGAGAACUAUAGGAAUCUGGUUGCUCUGGGGCAUCAGCUUUAUAAGCCUGAAGUGAUCACUCAGUUGGAGCAAGAGGAGCAGUGGAUGAUGGAAAGAGACAGCCCACUGGACACACACCCAGAUGGGGAGAAUAGACCAGAGAUCAAAAAAUCAACUCAAAACCAGAAUAUUUCUGAUGAAAAUCAAACCCAUGACGUGAUAAUGGAGAGACUCACAGGAGAUAGUUUCUGGUACUCCAUCUUAGGUGGACUCUGGGAUUUUGAUUACCAGUUAGAAUUUAACCGAGAAAACCAGCAGAGACAUUUAGGACAAGUAUCUUUCACCCACAAAAGGAUCACACAAGAGAGAAGCCUUGAAUGUAAUCGAUUUGGGGAAAACUAUAAUCUGAACUCAAACCUUAUUGUGCAUCAGAGAAUUCCUUCAAUUAAAAUACCCCUUAAUUCUGACACACAAAGAAAUAGCAUCAAACAUCAUUCAGACUUGAUUUACUAUCAGAGAAACUAUGUAAGGGAGGAUCCUUAUGAGUAUAAUGAGUGUGGAAAAGUCUUCAAUCAACAUAUUCUUCUUCCUAAUCACGUUCAUGCUAAAGGGAAACCCAGUGAAUGUGGGAAGGCCUUCAGCCAAAACUCAUCUCUUGCUCAACCUCAGAUAGUCCUCACAGGAGAGAAGCCCUAUAAGUGUGAUGAAUGUGGGAAAAGAUUCAGCCAGAGGAUACAUCUUAUUCAACAUCAGAGGAUUCACACGGGAGAAAAACCUUUUAUAUGCAAUGAGUGUGGGAAAGCCUUCCGUCAGCAUUCAUCCUUCACUCAGCAUCUGAGAAUUCAUACUGGAGAGAAGCCCUAUAAAUGCAAUCAGUGUGGUAAAGCCUUUAGCCGUAUCACAUCCCUUACUGAGCAUCAUAGACUUCAUACUGGAGAGAAGCCUUAUGAAUGUAGUUUCUGUGGGAAAGCCUUCAGCCAGAGGACACAUCUUAAUCAGCAUGAGAGGACUCAUACAGGAGAGAAGCCCUAUAAAUGUAAUGAAUGUGACAAAGCCUUCAGCCAGAGUGCACACCUUAAUCAACACAGAAAAAUCCAUACUCGGGAGAAAUUAUGUGAAUAUAAUAAAUGUGAGAAAACUUUAAGCCACAAUCCUUCACUUACUGAGCAGCACAUAACUCAGAAUUUUUAGCUUUGUCCUGGGCAGGGAGGGGGAAUCAUUUGAAUAUAUAAAAGUAAGAAAAUUUUGGUCAGAACUUUUCAUCCCAUUCAAUAUCAAAUUAUUCAUGGUGGAGAGAAAUCUUAUAAAUAAACUUUUGAUGCAUAGAAACCAAGUAAGUUUAGACCUUAAACUAGUAGCAUAUUAUAUUCCCAGGAAAGGUUAUAAAUAGUGAAAAUAAUUUAUUUCGUAAACAAGGUUAUAUUAGUAGUCAUGUUCCAAACUUUUUUUAAUGACCAGAAAUCCUGUAGGCAAUAACCUACAAUUAUUCUCUGUGAUUUUUAUGGCAUAAGGUUUUUAAAUUGAUUAAUCAAGCCAAUGAUGUAAUAUAACCAGUCACAUAAACUUGAAAUAAACAGAAAAGAACAAUGUUUCUCAAACUU